AUGUCCGAUAGAGUCGAUAUUGAAGAGAAACCGCCAGCCCCUCCCUUGAGAAUGAACAGUAGUUCCCGAGACUCUACAUCAGUGAAUCACGGCUCCAAACCUCUCCCAAUGGCUCCUGAAGAGAAGAACAAGAAGGUCCGCCUGCGCUCCAUCUUCCCUGGGGGAGACAAGAGUGAGCAGACAGCUGCAUAUCACAUUUUACUGUAGAAUUAGAGUCCUGCAUGAGCUUGUCCUGACCUCAUGACCUAAACUGUGUGCCCUAGACAUCACCACUGGCUCACGAGGUCCAGUGACAACAAGGAACCAGUUGAUCAGUGAUAGAGUAACAUCACAGCUUUAUGACGGUUAGGAGCCCCCUCUAAGUUAUGCAAUUUGAGAUAUGGGUAUUGUAUUUAUAUUUAGCUUCGCCCUCAGCAAAGAGUGAAACAAUCUGAGUUAUAUAAAAGUUGCUGGAGCCAUAUAAUCUGUGUAAACACAGUUCUUGUUCUAAAAAUAUUUGUAAUCUCUGCUCAGGAAUAAUACCACACUGAUUUGAAAAUGUAUCUCUUUAAAAUCUCAGUGUACUAUGUAUUAGAAAUAGAUCUGAAUGUUAUUUUUGUUUUCCCCUGUGCAGCAAACAAGAAGAAGGAGAAGGAGCGUCCUGAGAUUUCCCUGCCCUCAGACUUUGAGCACACCAUCCAUGUCGGCUUUGACGCUGUUACAGGGGAGUUCACUGUAAGUACAUCCUUGACAGAUCAACGUUCCAGUGAAUAUAUUUAAACAGUAUACGGUACAUCACAGACAAGGAAGGUGUACAGUGAAGGUUUUGAGUAUACCUUUAAAUGGCCCAUAUUACCACUACAUGUUAAAAAUAACCAUGGUAGCUAUGAGGUCACAGAGUGGAUCUGACCUCUGACCUAUGACCUGUAACCUCUCUCCCCCAGGGCAUCCCAGAGCAGUGGGCGCGGCUCCUUCAGACCUCCAACAUCACCAAGCUGGAACAGAAGAAGAACCCUCAGGCCGUGCUGGACGUGCUCAAGUUCUACGACUCCAAAGAGACGGUCAAUAACCAGAAAUACAUGAGCUUCACCUCCGGAGGUAAGAACACACAAACACACAACAGCCAGACGCUGUUUCAGAUCAUCUCUCUGCCUUACAUUUCUGAAUAAUUGAAAUAGCGAAAAUAUGCUGCUGUGCUGAGCUAAAGCUUUGAAUAUUUACAGUACAUGCGGUCAGAUCCGCUCUGUGACCUCAUCUCUGUGACCGCACACUUUUUCAUGUCUUGGAUAUAUUUAACUGUCAGUGUGUUGUUAAUGUAAGAGAAUGGGACGUCUGGCAAUGAUUCCUUUCUCUUUCAGACAAAUCAGCACAUGGAUACAUAGCAGCCAACACUCUGGUAAGUGCUACUUCAUUUCAAACAUGUUUCUUUCCUCUUAACAACUAAUUAGCCCGCAUUUAUUGAAAGAGAAACAAAUAUGAGCUUAUAGUCUGUGUAGUACUCUCUCGUCAGCUGUAGGGUGCUCUGGAGUUUUUGAAAGCACUGUAAGCCAGACUGCGUGUUCUCGCUGGGCCCAUUAACAUUAUCAUGACCUCACAUGACUGUCUCAGAGUAUAAGCGUCCCUUUGGAAAUCAGCCAAAGGACUGUCUCUGGGCUGUGUCGCUGUCUGAGUAAUGUUUCAUCGGUGUAAUGUAAAUGGUGGACUGAGAGAGAAGACUCUCAGGGGUUGUGUGCACUCACCUGCAUUCAGACUUUCUGUCUGUUGGUACUUUACCUCUGGCUUGGGUGUGAAUAGUCGGUGAACGGAGGCCUUUUCUCUACUAUGGUUUUGUUAUGUCUGGAGAAUGCUGGUUUUCCCAGGCGGUGGCGCCGGCCUGUUGACUCCCAGCACUCUAAGGGUCCUGAUGAAGUGUUGAUAGAGCAGGUACCACACCUCUCAAUAAGGAGCUGGUUCAGAGCCAGGCAGUAGGUACCACACCUCUCAAUAAGGAGCUGGUUCAGAGCCAGGCAGUAGGUACCACACCUCUCAAUAAGGAGCUGGUUCAGAGCCAGGCAGUAGGUACCACACCUCUCAAUCGGUCAGCUCUCUGAUAUACUGUAUGUAUCAAAUCAAAGUUUAUUUGUUGCGUGAACGGGAUACAACAGGUCUUACAAGCUAUUUCUCAACAAUGCAGUGUUCAAAUACUAGGUCAUAUAUCAAAAGAUAAAAAAGAAUUUAUAACAAACCUAAGAAUAAAAACUCACAAGGAGUAAAACACACAAGAAUGUACGCAAUAUACAAGGUCGCUACCAGUUUCAUAUCAAUGUGCAGGGAUACAGUGGUAGGUGCCAUAUGGUGGCAUUAUGUCAAUGUGCAGAAGCAAAAUGUUCUGCCACUAAUAUCACGCUAGUGAUCACCUUGCCAUCUCUAGGUCAGCAGCUAGGUCUGGUCAUCAGCAGAAGGUCCCCAAAACAUGAUUUGUGUCUCUUCACCCAUGAAAAUCUCUCUUCAGUUGAUAUGUGAGGAUCCAUUCAUGUGUAUUUAGAUACUGAUAGAAAUAAGUCCCCAUCUCUCCGUAGUGGUCCCCUGCCCUCUACCCUUCCCCAUCUCUCCGUAGUGGUCCCCUGUCCUCUACCCUCCCCCAUUUCUCCGUAGUGAUCCCCUGUCCUCUACCCUCCCCCAUCUCUCCGUAGCGGUCCCCUACCCUCUGCUCUCCCCCAUCUCACCGUAGCGGUCCCCUGUCAUUUACCCUCCCCCAUCUCUCCGUAGCUGUCCCCUGUCCUCUACCCUCCCCCAUCUCUCCAUAGCUGUCCCCUGUCCUCUACCCUCCCCCAUCUCUACGUAGUGGUCCCCUGCCCUCUGCUCUCCCCCCAUCUCUCUGUAGUGGUCCCCUGUCCUCUACCCUCCCCCAUCUCUACGUAGUGGUCCCCUGUCCUCUACCCUCCCCCAUCUCUCUGUAGUGGUCCCCUGUCCUCUACCCUCCCCCAUCUCUCUGUAGUGGUCCCCUGUCCUCUACCCUCCCCCAUCUCUACGUAGUGGUCCCCUGUCCUCUACCCUUCCCCAUCUCUAUGUAGUGGUCCCCUGUCCUCUACCCUCCCCCAUCUCUCUGUAGUGGUCCCCUGCCCUCUACCCUCCCCCAUCUCGCCAUAGUGGUCCCCUGUCCUCUACCCUCCCCCAUCUCUCCAUAGCUGUCCCCUGUCCUCUACCCUCCCCCAUCUCUACGUAGUGGUCCCCUGCCCUCUGCUCUCCCCCCAUCUCUCUGUAGUGGUCCCCUGCCCUCUACCCUCCCCCAUCUCUCCAUAGUGGUCCCCUGUCCUUUACCCUCCCCCAUCUCUCAGUAUCGGUCCCCUGUCCUCUACCCUCCCCCAUCUCUCUGUAGUGGUCCCCUGUCCUCUACCCUACCCCAUCUCUAUGUAGUGGUCCCCUGUCCCCUUCUUCUCUCCUCCAUCUCUCUGUAGCGGUCCCCUGUCCUCUACCCUCCCCCAUCUCUCCAUAGUGGUCCCCUGUCCUUUACCCUCCCCCAUCUCUCUGUAGCGGUCCCCUGUCCUCUACCCUCCCCCAUCUCUCCGUAGUAGUCCCCUGCCCUCUACCCUCCCCCAUCUCUCUGUAGCGGUCCCCUGUCCUCUACCCUCCACCAUCUCUCUGUAGUGGUCCCCUGUCCUCUACCCUCCCCCAUCUCUCCGUAGUGGUCCCCUGUCCUCUACCUUCCCCCAUCUCUCCGUAGCAGUCCCCUACCCUCUGCUCUCCCCCAUCUCUCCGUAGCGGUCCCCUACCCUCUGCUCUCCCCCAUCUCUCCGUAGCAGUCCCCUACCCUCUGCUCUUCCCCCAUCUCUCCGUAGCGCUCCCCUACCCUCUGCUCUCCCCCCAUCUCUCCGUAGCGGUCCCCUACCCUCUGCUCUCCCCCAUCCCUCUAUAGUUCAUUGCUCUGUAAUGUUGUGUGGGUCUGUGUUCAGUAAAUCCUCCCAUUUUCAACCUUCACAUUCAGAACCGACUGCUGUCGUCUGGGCCUCCUGUCAGCCUUAGAACCUGCAGCGCAUUAUUUGACAAGGUAACUCCUCCAUAUUACAUUCCGCAUACCUCUACGGUCGUGGUCAAAAGUUUUGAGAAUGACACAAAUAUUAAUUUUCACAAAGUCUGCUGCCUCAGUUUUUAUGAUGGCAAUUUGCAUAUACUCCAGAAUGUUAUGAAGAGUGAUCAGAUGAAAGUCCUUCUUUGCCAUGAAAAUGAACUUAAUCCACAAAAAAACAUUUUCACUGCAUUUCAGCCCUGCCACAAAAGGACCAGCUGACAUCAUGUCAGUGAUUCUCUCGUUAACACAGGUAAGAGUGUUGACGAGGAGAAGGCUGGAGAUCCCUCUGUCAUGCUGACUGAGUUAGAAUAACACACUGGAAGCUUUAAAAGGAGGGUGGUGCUUGAAAUCAUUGUUCUUCCUCUGUUAACCAUGGUUACCUGCAAGGAAACAUGUGCCGUCAUCAUUGCUUUGCACAAAAAGGGCUUCCCAGGCAAGGAUAUUGCUGCUAGUAAGAUUGCACCUAAAUCAACUAUUUAUCGGAUCAUCAAGAACUUCAAGGAGAAAGGUUCAAUUGUUGUGAAGAAGGCUUCAGGGCGCCCAAGAAAGUCCAGCAAGCGCCAGGACCGUCUCCUAAAGUUGAUGGGAUCGGGGCACCACCACAGAGCUUGCUCAGGAAUGGCAGCAGGCAGGUGUGAGUGCAUCUGCACGCGCAGUGAGGCGAAUACUUUUGGAGGAUGGCCUGGUGUCAAGAAGGGCAGCGAGGAAGCCACUUCUCUCCAGGAAAAACAUCAGGGACAGACUGAUAUUCUGCAAAAGGUACAGGGAUUGGACUGCUGAGGACUGGGGUAAAGUCAUUUUCUCUGAUGAAUCCCCUUUCCGAUUGUUUGGGGCAUCCGGAAAAAAGCUUGUCCGGAGAAGACAAGGUGAGCACUACCAUCAGUCCUGUGUCAUGCCAACAGUAAAGCAUCCUGAGACCAUUCAUGUGUGAGGUUGCUUCUCAGCGAAGGGAGUGGGCUCACUCAAAAUGUUGCCUAAGAACACAGUCAUGAAUAAAGAAUGGUACCAACACAUCCUCCGAGAGCAACUUCUCCCAACCAUCCAAGAACAGUUUGGUGACAAACAAUGCCUUUUCCAGCAUGAUGGAGCACCUUGCCAUAAGGCAAAAGUGAUAACUAAGUGGCUCGGGGAACAAAACAUCGACAUUUUGGGUCCAUAGCCAGGAAACUCCCCAGACCAUAAUCCCAUUGAGAACUUGUGGUCAAUCCUCAAGAGGCAGGUGGACAAACAAAAACCCACAAAUUCUGACAAACUCCAAGCAUUGAUUAUGCAAGAAUGGGCUGCCAUCAGUCAGGAUGUGGCCCAGAAGUUAAUUGACAGCAUGCCAGGGCGGAUUGCAGAGGUCUUGAAAAAGAAGGGUCAACACUGCAAAUAUUGACUCUUUGCAUAAACUUAAUGUAAUUGUCAAUAAAAGCCUUUGACACUUAUGGAAUGCUUGUAAUUAUACUUCAGUAUACCAUAGUAACAUCUGACAAAAAUAUCUAAAAACACUGAAGCAGCAAACUUUGUGAAGACCAAUACAAAACUUUUGACCACGACUGUACAUUGGCUGAACACUAAAUUGAACCAUUUUGAACUCCUAAUGUUGUUGAUGCUAGAUUUGCCCAGAUACGCAGGCUCUAUUGGAUGGAAAUGAACAUGACUUACCAAUAAAUAUGACUUACCAUCCACCAAAUGUUUGAGAUUUUAGAGACCGCUUCACUCUCUAUAUUUAAAUUUUGUUUGUGGGGGGGCAUAAUUGGAUCUGGCCAAUUUUCAAGGUAAUGGAUGCUUCGCUACUUCACCACUUGUCGUAAGCAUUUCCUUAAACAAUUCCAAAUGGCCCACCCUUAAACUGUCAGGGCAGGGGCGCAUGCCUAAGAGGGCUAUUAUGAUCGUCAAAAUCCUGCAUGUCUGAACACGUGUUCUUCACUCCCUUCCCCACAUAGCCAAUAUGUGCCUGCUUUAAUAGUCAGUGGUUUAGAUCUGACCGCGUGGCCCAGUAGAAACCUGUUAGCUAGCGCUGCUUAUCAUUAGCCAGCUAGCCUCUCAUCUCCACUGCCUUGUUCGGCUCUGUCUGUGCUACCAUGAGGGACAAUAGGGGUCAGUGUUCUGAAGACUGCCCCAGAUUCAUAGCACAGACAGAGUUGAAGAAGGCAGUGGAGAUGAGAGGCUAGCUGGCUAAUGAUAAGCAGCGCUAGCUAACAGAUGUCUACUGGGCCAUGUGGUCAGAUCUAAACCGCUGAUGGACUAUUAAAGCAGGCACAUAUUGGCUAUGUGGGGAAGGGAGUGAAGAACACGACGGACUGCUGGCUUGGCACCAAUAGCCCACCGCUAAUCACCACUACUGAUAUGCUGCGCUGCUUUGGCUAUUCUUUGCCAUCCUAUGUUGCAUGCUUAGGCUAGGGAUGGAUUAAAUCUAUCCCACUGUACAGAACAGUCCAAGUGGUCACCCAGAUGAUGGAGUACAGUACAGAGGUGAGAGACAUUGAAACCCAUUUUAGAGGAGAGAGUAGUGACAGGGAUUGCCUUUGCAUGGCACUCUGAUCCACCCUCAGAAUAGGUAUGUGACCUACUGUAUUAUAAGGCUGUUUUUAGUGGCUAUGGUUGGAGUGUUGGGUUAGGGGUCGUUUUGCAUGUUUGGCUCUCUAGGCCCAGCUGUAUGCUGUAUAAUGCAGUUCUAUGGGCUGUCACUGAAACACCUCACAACAGAGAAUAUCCCUGUUAGCCUUGUUCUAGCUUGUUUUCUCAUAUAGCUGUCAUGGUUUUUGCUGUAAAAUGUAACUACUGUACCACAUAUCCCCCCACCCCACACACCCCCACCCUCUGAGCACAUCCCACCAUGUCAUACCACACUCUCUGUCUGGUACAUACCUCAGCCCAUAUGAUCACAAGCCAUUCUAGUAGCUUUCCUGUCCAGGGCCCGUAUCCACAAAGCAUCUCAGAGUAGGAGUGCUGAUCUAGGAUCAGUUUUGCCUUUCGGAUCAUAAUAAAUAAUAUUAUAUGGACAGAUCCUAGAUUUGUGGAUACGGGCCCAGGUUUAAUCAAGCUGAUCAUAUUGGAUACCUACAUUCCUGAUUACACUGUGGAUUUUUUUUAUUUUUUUUAUUGUUUUACCGUAUCUUAUUUCACAGCUGAACACCCUGUUGUAAUGGUAUGGUCUAAGGAGGUGUUUAUUGAAAGCAUGGACAUGCUUCAUUACAUGGAACAUUAGGAGUCCCUGGACUAAACAUUGACAAUAAUGCUUGUGACGCAGCUGUCCCAGCGUUUCAGAUUGUCACAGUCCAACGUACUACAGACCUCCUCACUGAAACCUUGAUUUACCCUUCAGGGUGCAAAGACAUCGACAGAGCCCCCUAUAGCGCCCCCUGUGUCAGAGGAGGAGGAGGAUGAGGAGGAGGAGGAGGAGGAAGAGGAGGAAGAGGAGGAUGACGAUGAGCUACCACCUGUCAUCGCACCUCGACCUGAGCACACUAAAUCUGUGAGUCACUCUGAGGUUAUAAACAAUGACUUAACACAAUGUUACCGAUCGAAGACUUAGGAAGGCUUACAGUCUAAUCACCUCAACAACUCAACUCAGUACAGAGUUGUACAGUAUGCUUGUCCUGCUCCUCUCUGACUGUGUCCUGCCCCUCUCUGACUGUGUCCUGCCCCUCUCUGACUGUGUCCUGCCCCUCUCUGACUGUGUCCUUCCCCUCUCUGACUGUGUCAUGCCCCUCUCUGACUGUGUCCUGCCCCUCUCUGACUGUGUCCUUCCCCUCUCUGACUGUGACUGUGUCCUGCCCCUCUCUGACUGUGUCCUGCUCCUCUCUGACUAUGUCCUGCCCCUCUGUGACUGUGUCCUGCUCCUCUCUGACUGUGACUGUGUCCUGCCCCUCUCUGACUGUGUCCUGCUCCUCUCUGACUAUGUCCUGCCCCUCUCUGACUGUGUCCUUCCUCUCUCUGACUGUGACUGUGUCCUUCCUCUCUGACUGUGACUGUGUCCUGCUCCUCUCUGACUGUGAAUGUGUCCUGCUCCUCUCUGACUGUGACUGUGUCCUGCCCCUCUCUGACUGUGACUGUGUCCUGCUCCUCUCUGACUGUGUCCUGCCCCUCUCUGACUGUGACUGUGUCCUGCCCCUCUCUGACUGUGUCCUGCCCCUCUCUGACUGUGACUGUGUCCUGCCCCUCUAUGACUGGGAAUGUGUCCUGCCCCUCUCUGACUGGGACUGUGUCCUAUCCUUUCUGACUGGGACUGUGUCCUGCUCCUCUUUGACUGUGUCCUGCUCCUCUCUGACUGUGACUGUGUCCUGCCCCUCUCUGACUGGGACUGUGUCCUAUCCUUUCUGACUGGGACUGUGUCCUGCUCCUCUUUGACUGUGUCCUGCUCCUCUCUGACUGUGUCCUGCUCCUCUCUGACCGUGUCCUGCCCCUCUCUGACUGUGACUGUGUCCUGCCCCUCUCUGACUGUGACUGUGUCCUGCCCCUCUCUGACUGUGUCCUGCUCCUCUCUGACUGUGUCCUUCCCCUCUCUGACUGUGUCCUGCCCCUCUCUGACUGUGUCCUGCUCCUCUCUGACCGUGUCCUGCUCCUCUCUAACUGUGUCCUGCCCCUCUCUGACUGUGACUGUGUCCUGCUCCUCUCUGACUGUGACCAUGUCCUGUUCCUCUCUGACUGUGUCCUGUUCCUCUCUGACCGUGUCCUGCUCCUCUCUAACUGUGUCCUGCCCCUCUCUGACUGUGACUGUGUCCUGCUCCUCUCUGACUGUGACCAUGUCCUGUUCCUCUCUGACUGUGACUGUGUCCUGCUCCUCUCUGACUGUGACUGUGUCCUGCUCCUCUCUGACUGUGACUGUGUCCUGCGCCUCUCCUUACAGAUCUACACCCGCUCUGUCAUCGAACCCUUGGCGCCUCCCGCCCCUGUGAAGGAGGUCACAACCCCGCCGGAGUCCCAGGUCCAGCCGGAGAACACAUCCAGCACUCUGUACCGCAACACUGAUCGGCAGAGGAAGAAGUCCAAGAUGACAGAUGAGGAGAUUCUGGAGCGACUGAGUAUGUUGUCUCUCUGUGGACCUAUGGAGCAUGGAGAGACCCAUAGAGAUUGUGCUGUGACUGUACUGUGAUGUGUCCAGACCUCUCAGCUCUAAACUCAUCCUAUUGCAGUGAUUAGUGUGGGCUGCUCAGUAAGCCACAGAUUACAGCCUUAGGACGGCCAAGCGCCCCUCUAUAGUCAGAGUACUGCUCUCUCUGCAGUGUCUGCAUGUGCCCCUGUCCAAAACAUCAGCAGUGCUCUACUGUGCAGGCCAACCUCCCAGCAUGCAGCAGUGUAUUUUGCCAUUAGUACGAGGCCCCACAGCGGGCCACAUCCCUGAAUGGCAUGGGCAGAGGAGCGUGUGUGUAAUGCAGGGUUGCCCUCUCCAUGGUUGUGCUGUGUGUGCAUGCCUACCUCAGCCUGACCUAGAGACACUCUCCACUAAUCACCUCUCUCUGUCCUCUCAGGGAGCAUUGUGAGUGUGGGGGACCCCAAAAAGAAGUACACACGCUUUGAGAAAAUAGGACAAGGGUAAGUCCACUUUCAAUCCAAAUCCACUAGCUACUUACUGUCUCUUAUUGGAACAAAGUACUCUUUGGUAGUCAGCCCAGCUGAAAGAAAGAAAGACAACGCCUCACUCAGGAGUGACCAGAGACAGAGCGGAGAGAAAGAAAGAGGUUGAAGGGUCUGAGAGAGAAGUAGAGAGUAACUUUAUUCAGGCAUGGCUGCGGGCCAGAUGAGCUCAGCCUUCUCUCUCUCUCUCUCUCUCUCUCUCUCUCUCUCUCUCUCUCUCUCUCUCUCUCCUCUCUCCUCUCUCUCUCUCUCUCUCUCUCUCUCUCUGGGAGAGCUGGAGUCUGGGGUGAGCUUAGCCCUGACAUCACCACUGCCUCCACCUCAGACCUGAAUACAACAACAGCAGCAGUCAGCUCCCUCCAGCACUGCAGAGACACUCCAUCUGUCUAACACACCACUAAGGGCUCCCAUGAUCAACGUUGGUGGGAAUGGCAGACAAUCUACACACACUGUCUAUAAAUUAAAACAGCCGUGCACAAGGAUAUGAACACUAAACCGUGGUUUCUCACAGACCUCUCUGAUUAAACCCACAUGGAAAUGUUACCUGAGGAUGUGAGCAGUUAACAAAUCCUGAGCUCAGUAGCCUUACCACCACACACUCCAUUACCUCUGGAGAUCACAUGAGAAGCUUCCUGAUGAGUCAAUGAUCAGCAUGGAGUGGUUCCACAGCUACCUAACAACAGAGUGUUACCUGGCUGGCUGCAGCGCAUCAGUGACUGGGUUGGGAUACGCUGCAGAAACACUUGUUCAUUAUUCAUACACACUCACAAUACAAUACACUGGUGUAGCCUGACGGUCUCAGGGAGGGAGGGAGGGAGGGAGGGAGGAGGGAGGGAGGGAGGGAGGGAGGGAGGGAGGGAGGAGGGAGGGAGGGAGGGAGAAGAAAGAAGAGAGAGGGCAAGGAGAACAGAGUGAGGGAGAGAUGUGAGAGAGAGAGAAGUGUGACUUGACUCAAUCUCUGGAGUGUGACUUGUAAAAUGAGUGUUCCACUUCAUUCUGUAUAAGGUCAAUCUGUGAGACCUCAUUAUCGAAAUGAAGCCAUUCUGCAGCAGCAAAACAAACUGUUGUCAAAAAGACAGGCAAGGCAUGGGUUAGACUGCCAUGGUGCACUGGUAAAGUUAAUGCAGUAGAAACUAGGCUAAAGUUCAUGGUGUGGAACCAAACAGUAAACCAGACUCCUGGCAGGGGGCUCUGUCUAUUCCUGGUUACAGCCUUCACCAUGGGACUGUGUUAUAUUCCUGGUUACAGCAUUCUCCAUGGGACUGUGUUAUAUUCCUGGUUACAGCAUUCUCCAUGGGACUGUGUUAUAUUCCUGGUUACAGCAUUCUCCAUGGGACUGUGUUAUAUUCCUGGUUACAGCAUUCUCCAUGGGACUGUGUUAUAUUCCUGGUUACAGCAUUCUCCAUGGGACUGUGUUAUAUUCCUGGUUACAGCAUUCUCCAUGGGACUGUGUUAUAUUCCUGGUUACAGCAUUCUCCAUUGGACUGUGUUAUAUUCCUGGUUACAGCAUUCUCCAUGGGACUGUGUUAUAUUCCUGGUUACAGCAUUCUCCAUGGGACUGUGUUAUAUUCCUGGUUACAGCAUUCUCCAUGGGACUGUGUUAUAUUCCUGGUUACAGCAUUCUCCAUGGGACUGUGUUCUAUUCCCUUGGAGCUGAUACAGAAAUGGAAGCAUCAUAAAAACAAAGAGACGUUAUAAACCUGACACUACCCCAGGCUGUACCCAGGGAGGUGCCUGUGGUGUCUUGCCAAAGGGCAGAGUGCAAGGUGGUGGGAUACAGCACCAUGUCUCUGCCCUCCAGCACUCAGAGGUGUAAAAUGUCAGGGCAGAGAGAGGGACAUCUUGGGACAGAGGUGCAGGUUACUGUACCCCAGCCGGGGGUGCCAAACACACAGAGCUUUUUUUUUUUUUUACAUUGUAGUCAUUUAGCAGACGCUCUUUUCCAGAGCAUUAAGUACCUUGCUCAAGGGCACAUCAACAGAUUUUUCACCUAGUCAGCUUGGGGAUUCGAACCAGCGACCUUUCGGUUACUGGCCCAACGCUUAACCACUAGGCAACCUGCCUCCAGUUUACUGUAAUCUGUGUCUGUCUGAUUAAAAGGAUGCUCAGGCUACUGCAGAGGGAAUAUCAGAUCUGUGAUUCCAGUGGAGCCCCAACACCACUGUGGCACAGGGAUCAGAAUAACAGUACAUAUACUGGACAUGGUACAGAACAGACACUUUGCAAGAAAUCAUAUUGUACAUGUUAAUAAGGGCACUUCAAACACACUGUACACUUGGCAGAGUGGGUUCAUAUGCCAGUCAUGAACUGUAUGCAUUACAGACUUGAUACUGUACACACAAGUCAUACACUAAACACAUCACAGAGUGGUGAGCACCCCAUACACACUCUGAAUGUAACUCAGACAAACAAGCACACGCAUAGCAGAAUGAGCUCUUGAUAUUCUCCACAUAUGCAAGUGGUAUAAUGUGCACAUGCAAGCCAUGCAAGACAUUUAUAGAUAUCAGAGAGGAAAGGUAAUCUUAUUGACAGGUUAAUUACUCCUAUUAGUUAUUACUGACCCAGGGACACUAGUGUUGCCUUUUCCAACUGCCAAUGGUCAAUGCUGCCCUCUGGUGGCCAAAUUAAAUGGUACUUGAUCAUCUAUGAAAGGAAGCCAUUGAACUGCUUGCAUUCAAAUACAUUCUGUAAUUGUUUCUUUGAAGGGCAUUCUUGUGUUAAUAAAAAAAUGUCCUCCAGGCUCUUGAGAGUUGCAUAACUCUAAUAUUAUGGAGAUGGGUACCGUGGAGGGACAUGUUUUGGAAGGAGCAGACAAGAAAGGCAUUUCACUUUACUAGUGCACGUGACAAUAAAAACUAGAAACUUGAAACUUUGAGAACUUGGGUGAUCUGUUCUAACUCCUUGCAUGUGGACUUGUUUCUAUGUGGAACUAAUACAUUGUUAUCUUGUUUCCUCAGGGCAUCUGGCACUGUGUACACAGCCAUUGACAUUGCUACUGGCCAGGAGGUAAACUAACUACCACAGUCACUUCAGAAAAUCCGCAACAUCUUACGUGUCUAUCAGUCACCCUGAUGAUUAGCCUUCUCUUCUGGCACAUUAAUUGUGUAAUCUGUCAGAAGAGCACUGAAGAUACCAUGUAGUGUCGUGUUUGUGGUUGUUCCUCUCUCAGGUGGCCAUCAAGCAGAUGAACCUCCAACAGCAGCCUAAGAAGGAGCUCAUCAUCAAUGAGAUCCUGGUGAUGAGGGAAAACAAAAACCCCAACAUAGUCAACUACCUGGACAGGUGAGCCUAACCAUACUGUGGUUACUGAUGGGGAGAACCUAAAGUAUAGCAGCUACUGUAAAUAUGACCAUCUCAUGCAAUGACUAUACUGAAUCUCUCUGUCCUCCUCUGUCUUUAGUUACCUGGUAGGGUCUAGUAUACUUUAUCUCUCUCCUCUGUCUGUAGUUACCUGGUAGGGGAUGAGCUAUGGGUGGUGAUGGAGUACCUGGCUGGAGGUUCACUGACUGAUGUGGUGACUGAGACCUGCAUGGACGAGGGCCAGAUCGCUGCAGUCUGCAGAGAG